AUGGCUCCAGGCUCCUGGCUCUCUCCUCUGGCCAUUGCUGUGAUCAUCGUGGCACUGCAGUGGCCACAGGCAGCUGCCAUCUUCCCGGCCAUGCCCCUGUCCAGCCUGUUUGCCAACGCCGUGCUGAGGGCUCAGCACCUUCACCUCCUGGCUGCCGAGACCUACAAGGAGUUUGAACGCAGCUACAUCCCAGAGGACCAAAGGCACACCAACAAAAACUCCCAGGUAGCCUACUGCUACUCAGAAACCAUCCCUGCUCCCACGGGCAAGGAGGAUGCCCAGCAGAAAUCGGACAUGGAGCUUCUCCGGUUUUCCCUGGUUCUCAUCCAGUCCUGGCUGACCCCAGUGCAGUACCUGAGCAAGGUGUUCACAAACAACUUGGUUUUUGGCACCUCAGACAGGGUGUAUGAAAAGCUAAAGGACCUGGAAGAAGGGAUCCAAGCUCUGAUGAGGGAGCUGGAAGAGCGCAGCCUGCAGGGUCUGCAGGUGCUCAAAGCCACCUAUGAGAAAUUCGAGCUCCACCUGCGUGGGGAGGACGCGCUGGUCAAGAACUACGGGCUGCUCUCAUGCUUCAAAAAGGACCUGCACAAGGUGGAGACCUACCUGAAGGUGAUGAGGUGCCGGCGCUACGGAGAAGGGAAUUGCGCCCUCUGA